UAUCUCUCUCUCUCUCUUUGUCAUCUCUCUGUCUUCCAUUAAAAGCUAUCUUGAAAAAAAAAACUCAUUAUUGUUUGGUUUUUAGUUUGCAUAUGUAACAUAUAAAUACAUGUAUACUAUUUCAGCUUGUCCGAAAAGGAACGUAUGGAAUCGAAGAAACAAAGAGACAAAUCACAACGCACAAAUCUUAUAGAAACACCUGCAACUAAAAAAUCCCUCUUUGGCGCACCUGUUAAGAUUGAACGUGACGAUUCGGUUAAAGCUCGUAUAAAUAACUCUCUAUGCUCUCAUGACACUUUUAUGAAAACUUUUGAGACCAAAAGUAACAAUCCACAUAGUCUAUAUGGGGUCAAUUCUCAACCAUCAACACCUGUAACCACUGCUACUGUGAAAUUUCCUGGUCGCGAUUCUGUUAAGACCUAUACGUCUACUCCAAAACAUACGAAAGAGAGGAAGAAUAAGUCCAUGCGGCAUUUGGCCUUACCGACGACGAAUGAGCUUGUCAACAACGAUGAAGAAAAGAAUAAGAAAGUUCAAGAAAUAAUUAAGGAAAUGACGCUUGUAACACCACUUUCAUCUAUCGAACCUGCAAGCAAGUUCGCAUUCCCCGUAAAAAACUCGAUUCAGACCAAAGUUCAACAAAAUUUACCAGAUCAGGAAAAAAUCCAAGGCCACGCAACGAAUUCCAACAGUACUAGAAGUGAACAACAAAAAAGCCAUGGUAAUUCUAACUCAUUGAGUGAUUCGUCAGAUAACGAAGAUAACGACGACAAGGAGGAAUGCUCUAAGAAGUCUGACAUCAAUUCUAACAACUUAAAAGAAAAUGACGAUACUCGGCCACCGAUGAAAACGAAUACUUCUGAUGAAAGUUCAUCAUCAUCGAGUUCGUCAUCCGACAGCGAGGCGUCUAGUUCGGACGAUGAGAAAAAAAUAGCUUCUCCCCAGGCUGAUAUUGAUCCUAUGCUGAAUCAACCAGCACCAGUGGCGCAGGAUACUUGGAAAAUUGCAGAUUUUAUUGGAAAUAUUCCAAAUGUUUCUAAUUCGCAAGAGUCGUCGACCACAAAUGGUAAGAAAAAGACGGACCAAUCAGACAACUAUCCCUACGGACCGGUGCAACCAGUCCGUCAAGCGAAGAAAAAGGCAGUAUACACCUCGAGCGGUAGCGAUGAUUCUGGCGAUGAAGACUUCGAACCUGCUCAAUCACACUCUCCAGGCAGUAAGAGACAACCCAAUAGAAAAAGGAAACAACCGACAAACAAAAAAUCACCUACAAAAUCAAAAAUAACCAAACCUUUCAAACCCAUAACUGUACCAAGCAGCGAUAGUGAUUCAUCUUUUGAAGAUAUUUCUAAUGGACCCAACGCCCAAGACGAAAAGUCAGAAGAAACCAAACUAAACAUACAACCCUAUUACAAUUCAAAUUCACAAAAACGCAAACCGAUGGCUGUAAUAACGCCCUUAAAUUCUACAACCCCUUCGAAUCCGAACAGCAUUACCGAAAUGCCGACUAAUAACCCUAAUAUUAAUGCCGGGGUGGCGCCCGUGGGUGCAUCUCAAGUUCAUGGUAGGCAUUCUACAGUUGUCUCCCUAUCAUUGGAAUUGUUGAGGAGUGUUGGCGUUUCAAUACCAAGGAGUAACAGUACUAUUCCUCCCACAUCUUCUCGUGAAAGGAAAAGAAAGAAAAGUCCAAAUGAAACUAAAGAUCGAGGGGAAAAGCGAAUAAAGAAGGAACCAGUCGAGCAAUCAACCAGUUCUUCGACACAUAAUCCUGAUUAUUAUCUUAUGCAAGCUGCUAAAGAAUGCAAGAGAGAAGCUGAUAACGUUAAAAACGAUAAUUGGCGAAAGUCGACUAAGUACAUGGAAGCAGUUCUCCACUUCCUUGAAUGGGCUCAAGCAAAAGAACGUUCCAGUGACCCAAAAACAAUCUUUACUAAUUACCGUGAAACUCUACCUCUAGUCAAGAAAAUUAACUCGUUCGACGGUCAAGACAUAACAAAGUGUUCGGAGAGAGAACGCAAGUUAUAUGUUCUGAACUUAAGAAUUCAAUCGAUACUCUGUUUCAAGCUAUUUACUUUCCGGCGUGGAGACGCCAAGCGCUUAAAACGUUAUAUAGAUGACCAUAGUGCGCCGAAAGGACCGACACCGUCUCCUAAAACACCGGGAAGUGUCACACCAGGAGGAGCAACUCCUAGCCCACAACCCGUACCUACUGGUGGCACAGUAUCUGUACCAGCAAACUUGCACCAAAUAACGCAAAAUUACAUGUCCGAUGUGUCUUAUUUGUUCGAGGCUCAUGAAUUCUGGAACCAUGCUGACUAUCGCGCUAAACCCUAUCAAGAGUUCUUUGCGAAAUUGGACUCAAAAUGUAAAAAACCAUUAAGUAUUCAUUCAUCGAUAGAAGAGUUAGUUUCAUAUAUGCGAAUAGGCCUAACUGACUUGGCCAACUCCUAGCCCAGUCUUCCUCUUCAAGGAACGAAGAAAAACACAGAAAAAUAAAUUACGGACCUGGUUGAAAAAUGCAAAAAAAACAACGUUUUUAAAAACUUUAUUUGUAUUUAACCUACAUUCUUAAACGCUCGUUUGAGUUGAUCGCUUUAACUAUAUAAUUCUAACGUAUUUAUUAUUAUUAUAUUUUUUCUCUCUAAAUAUUUCUUUACUUUCUCUCUCUAUCUCUCUUUCUAUAUAUAUGAUCUGUAUGUAUAUAUGUAUAUGUGAAUAUAUACAUAUAUAGGUAUACAAACUGUUAUCUUUGUUUUCUUUCUCCCUCCCUCUCUCUCUCUCUCUCUCUCUCUCUCUCUCUCUUUCUCUCCUCUCCUCUUUUUCUUCAUUUUACAUUUGCUAUGACGUUUUCUGAGCAAAUGCCUGACAAUUCGAAUGAUGCGACAAAAACUGUGAUAAGAGCAAUUGGAUAUGACCACCGGCUUUAUUUGGAUUGUGAUACAUUUCCAAAAGUAAUAGAUAGGCGAAAAAUCGAAAAAAAGUAAUUACAUGAAUGCAAGAGUAAAAUCUUUAAGAAAAUUGUUUGUAAGACAUUUUUUGAGCUUUGUCAAAUUGUGUUUCGUUUUGUUUUUGUUUAUUGGCUAGUCCGCUUUAUGGAGAGUAUUUUGAAAGAAUAUCUUCGUGUUGUUCGCUCGUUCGUUCUUGCUUUAGAAAGAUUAUAAUUUCGAAAUGAUCUAAUGAAUAUACUUUUGUUGCAAAUUAUGCCAGAAGAGAGUAAAAUAUGUCUGCUUCUAUGAAAAUU